AUGGCCGGUAGCGGGGCGGGGCCACGAUCGGGCCUAUGGAGGCGGGACCUCCGAGAGGUGGGGGCAGAAAGCCCGGAGGGGCGGGGCCCCGUACAGGCACAGGGGGCGGGGCCUAAGUGCGCCGGGAAGAACGCGCGGCGGAGCGGAGUCUCGCGAGAUCUCGCUGAGGGGGAGAAGGAGUUGGCUGCUGUGGUCGGGGUUCCACACCCGAGGGGCGCCGGCACCAUGGCCUCCAGCAUGGGCAGCCUCGAGAGCCUGGACCUGCUGGAUCUCCUCUUCGACGUCCAGGACGGGAUCCUGCGCGAGGUGGAGCUGGGGACGCCGCCGGGGGCCUGGCCCCAGGACAGGCGUGCCCCGGACAGCAAUGACCUGCUGAGCUCCGUGCUGGGCUCUGGGGACUCGGUGUCAGACUCGCCCAGCUGGUCCCCGGCCACCAGUGACAGCGGGGUGUCCGAGGACCCCCCCUCUGACCAGCACGACAGCCCCCCCCGGAGCUGCGGCGGGGGUCCCCGAGAGGUCCUGUACCCCUACACUGAGCCAAGCCAGGCCCAGCCCCUCCCGGCGGGGUCGGGGGUCCUGCAGCCCGAGGUCUCCAUCGACCUGGACAUGUGGCACUUCUUUCUGGAGGAGAGCCAGGACCCGCCCGUGGUCCCCCCGCCCGCAUCCUGUGCCCUCACCGUCAAGGACCUGCUGCUCUCGGGCAGCUCUGACAAUCAGCCACAGGCUCCUGGCUCCCUGCUCCGGCCCAGCCAGGGCCACUUCCAGGAGCUGGUGCUGACAGAGGAUGAGAAGAAGCUGCUGUUGAAGGAGGGGGUGACCCUUCCCACGCAGCUGCCCCUCACCAAGUACGAGGAGCGGGUGCUGAAGAAGAUCCGGAGGAAGAUCCGGAACAAGCAGUCGGCCCAGGAGAGCCGCAAGAAGAAGAAGGAGUACAUCGAUGGGCUGGAGAGCAGGAUGUUGGCGUGCACGGCUCAGAACCAGGAGCUGCAGAGGAAGGUCCUGCACCUGGAGAAGCAGAACUCAUCCCUCCUGGAGCAGCUGAAGAAACUCCAGGCCAUGGUGGUUCAGUCGAGCAACAAGGCAGCACAGACAGGGACCUGCCUGGCGGUCCUGCUGCUCUCCUUCACCCUCAUUGUCUUCCCCUCCAUCAGCCCCUUCGCCCCCAGCAAGGCUGAGGCAAACGGCGACUUCAGGCCCGUGCGAGUUUUCUCCAGGUCCCUGCACAACGCCGCCGCCUCCCGCGUGGUUCACACCCAGCCCCAGGCUGGGGAUGAGAAGCCCCCGGAGCCGCUGUGGUCGGAGCCCGUGCGCGAGACCCCCGAGACCCUGCACGAGGCGUUCCAGGACACGUCCCCAGCACUGCCGGCCAAAGGCUCCCUCCAGAACCACACGCGGCCAUCGGGCACCGAGGGGCUGAGCCACCACGAGCACGGGGAGCAGGCCGAGGCCGUGCCGGGGGAUGGCUCCGUGCCACACCCGGGGCUGGCAUCCCUGGCGUGGUCUGAGCCCGCGGUGCUGGAGCCGGCGGAGGAGCUUUAG